AUGUCCAACAACGAGAGAACCUUCAUUGCCAUCAAGCCCGACGGAGUCCAGAGAGGAUUGAUUUCCUCCAUCAUCUCCAGAUUCGAGAACAGAGGCUUCAAGUUGGUCGGCAUCAAGUUGUGCCAACCAACCGAGUCUUUGUUGAGAGACCACUACGAGGACUUGCAAGAGAAGCCAUUCUUCCCAUCUUUGUUGUCCUACAUGUUGUCUGGUCCAGUCUUGGCCACCGUCUGGGAGGGUAAGGACGUUGUCAAGCAAGGUAGAGCCAUCUUGGGUGCCACCAACCCAUUGCAAUCUGCUCCAGGUACCAUCAGAGGUGACUUCGCCAUUGACAUGGGUAGAAACGUUGCUCACGGUUCCGACUCUGUUGAGUCUGCCAACAAGGAGAUUGGUUUGUGGUUCAAGAAGGAGGAGUUGGUUGAGUACAAGCCAGCUAUGUUCUCCUGGAUCUACGAGUAA